UGGAUAUGCUAUAAAUUAGGAACUGUUAUUAUGAAGAGAAAAAAAUGUAACAGUCGUUCACAAAACUUGAAUGUGCAUGUGGUAUCGAUUGUAAUUUAGUGCGUGAUACUAUUAUCUUAAACGACAUCCUAUUUUAAAUUUGAGUUUUCGUUGGAAGUAAAAAAAAAAAAAAAAGAGUUUAUGUCUAGAAUAUAUUAGUUUUAUGAGUUUAUGUCUAAAAAAAUGUAACUAAAUUGGCUGAAAAUUUGGUUUAGGUAAGUUCUAUUAGGGUGAAAAUAAAGUGGGCGGGAAAAAUCCAAAAAACCCAACCUCUCUCUCAGUUCCACUCUCUCAGUACCAAUUUUCAAAACUCUCUUCGCUCGCCCUCUCUCUAAUCUCUGUUUCGGGUUCAGAUUUUAGAUUAAAUGUUAUGGUUGUUGAAACCUAGAUUUGCAUCAAUUUUUUACUAAACCUAGAUUUAAAGGAUGGGUGUGGAGGGCUACCAUGUGAUUGAGCUUGUAGGCGAAGGUUCAUUUGGGAAGGUAUACAAGGGAAGGCGCAAGUAUACUGGGCAGACAGUUGCAAUGAAAUUCAUUAUGAAACAUGGGAAAACCGACAAAGAUAUUCACAAUUUAAGACAAGAAAUUGAGAUCCUAAGAAAGUUGAAGCAUGAGAAUAUAAUUGAAAUGCUUGAUUCCUUUGAAAGCCCACAAGAGUUUUGUGUUGUCACAGAAUUUGCACAAGGUGAAUUAUUUGAAAUUGUUGAGGAUGAUAAGUGCCUUCAUGAAGAACAAGUUCAAGCAAUUGCAAAGCAGUUGGUCAGAGCAUUGCAUUAUUUGCAUUCCAACCGUAUCAUCCAUCGUGACAUGAAACCACAAAACAUUCUCAUUGGUGCUGGCUCUAUUGUUAAGCUCUGUGAUUUUGGGUUUGCACGUGCAAUGUCCACAAAUACUGUUGUUUUGCGAUCCAUUAAAGGUACUCCUCUGUACAUGGCACCUGAACUAGUACGGGAACAACCCUACAAUCACACCGCAGAUUUAUGGUCUCUUGGAGUAAUCUUAUAUGAAUUAUUUGUUGGCCAGCCUCCUUUCUAUACAAAUUCUAUAUAUGCACUCAUCAGGCACAUUGUUAAGGAUCCGGUUAAAUACCCUGACAACAUGAGUCCAAGUUUUAAAAGCUUUCUGAAGGGAUUGCUCAAUAAGGUACCUCAAAAUCGAUUGACUUGGCCAGCUCUUCUUGAACACCCAUUUGUUAAAGAGACGUCUCAUGAACUGGAGGCUAGGGAAAUGCAUUCUGCAACUGCUGCAGAAAGAGGAUGUGUUUCUGCAUGGAGGCGUGAAGGAAACACAGUUCAAACAUCAGUUGGUUUGGCUGUUUCUUCUUCUGUCAACUCUACAGCUUCUUCAGAGAACAGUGGAAUAAGUUUUCAGAAUGAUGCUCAAUCAGACAUUUAUGACUGCACGACAGUCAAUUAUUCCCCAAAUGAGUUCCCAGGAUUUGCAAAUCUUAAGGAAGUUAAACAGUCAGGUUGCCAAAUUUUGGACAGAUUGGAAAAUAACUCUGGUACAGUCAAAGGUGCACAAGUAAUUGGUCAAGACAAUGAAGCAUUAGCACAGGUUUUGCUACCACUAAAAAGAUGUUCCCAAGGAUCCCUAGAUUCUUCCUGGGAUGAAGAUAUUCUUAAUUCUAACCAGUCUUUGAGAAUCCUUUCAAAUUUAGUUGCAGCUGGUGCCAUCCAUUCCAGUGCGCUGCUUGAUGAAAUUAUACAUGAACUUCUUGUUUACACUGGCAUCAUUGUGAGCAUGAAAACUUCUGAAGUAAAUGAGUUAAAAGAAAAGAGCUUCUCAAUAAUUAAAUUUUUGGUAGACAAUGCCGGAAUUGGCACUGGAGACUCAUAUUUCAGGCACUGGGUUGCUUUAACUGAUAUUUUUUCGCAGGUUGUUGGUUGCAGUGAAGAUGCGUCUGGAAGAGUACUGUAUGCGUCAAUUGCUUGCAUUACUGUAGUGUUAACAAGACUCACUCAGGGCCUUAAAGCAUGUUCUUCAACUUCAGCUCCUGAGGCGGUUUCUGAUCUUAAUGGAACGUUGAAACGUAUUUUGGAUCGCGCUAAAACAUGUGGUCUAGUGGAUCAACUUUGUCUCUGCUUAGUUACUGCAGGGUCAAGUCUUAUUUCUGGUUCUUCAAAUAUGCUGUGUGCAGCUUGUGAAGCAUGUAGGGCUAUUUGGUUGCUGAUAGAUGCAUCCGAAAAUAUUUGUACAAAAAGAAAUGCCUAUUCAUUUCCCUUAAGCACUUUGCGCAGUCCUUCACUCCAAUUUGACAUUAGGGAUCAAGAUCAAAUUUCAUUAAUUGGGACAGAAUCCACAAAACUUGUUGCUGCAGUGACUAGAGCAUUCCUUAGAUCAGAAGCAGUACAGGUUGCUAUCCGUUAUUGUCUUCAUCAACGACUUGAAGCUUCACUGUAUGCUAGCAUUCAGCUGUUGUUGAGGUGCUGCUUGCAUAAUGGAACUGUUCCCGGUAUGCUCUGUGGCCUGCCUAGUUCCCUACCUGUAACUACUGUUGUCAGUGGUGGGGGUGAUGGAACCAUUAUUUCAGAGAUAUUCUCUUUGUUGUCUUUGUGCAUGUCAUCUCAAAAUAAAGAUCCACAAGCAAUGGAGACAACCAACUUCAAGUGCAAAUUAACCAAUCCCACUACCUUCAUUCUGCAUUCAUGCCUCAUCCUUGCAACAAUUGCACAAUGUUUGAAGGCAACUGGUAGACAUUCUGCAUUAUUUAUGUUGACAACCUCCCCAAAGAAGCAGCUUUCUCGACUUUCUGUCCUUGCUCAUCAUUUUUCUUCUGAUGAGACCACAAACACUUCCUUUCAAACUCAUACUGCAUCAGCCAUGCUGGCACUGGCUUCCAUAUUGUCGCUUGAAUCUGGAGCUUCUGUUGGCUCAUCUGUCUCCAGGGUAGCAGUGCCUUUGAUUCCUCGAAGUACCACACUAUGUGAAUACCUCAAACUUUCAUCAGGCAAUGGAAUUGAAUUGGGUCCUAAUGACACCAAUGGUGCUCUCUCAUACUGGCAUGGUCUUCGGGAUGGAUGUGUUGGCUUGCUGGAGUCCAGACUGAGGUGGGGAGGACCCGUAUCCAUAAAACAGCUGUGUGCAAGCAAUAUCCCUCUGCUUCUAGUCAGCUUGUUAACCAAAAACCAACAAAAUGUGUCUCCACAAGAAGUUGACAGCACAAAUGAUCAAGUUGGGCUUUCCCCUAUAGGAGUUGUGUCGACAAUAUCGUCAAUAUGUCACUGCCUCUCAGGUGGAGCCUUAACUUUUCGUCAGGUUCUGCUCAGAAGUGAUCACAUCAAGAAUAUCUCUGACUUGAUAUCUGAUAUGCAUCUCAAGCUUGUAAAGUCCUGGGUUGGGCCUGGUGGAGGGAAGGAUGGUGUGAGAGAUAUAAUAAAUACAGUAAUUGAUCUCUUGGCAUUUCCUUUUGUGACCGUACAGAAUGCUCCAGGAUUUCCAUCAGCCACUGCUUCAGUGAACAGCGGGGCCCUUCUCAACAUGGGUUCACCAGGUGUGAGAGUUGGCAUGGAAGACAAAGACAUGGUGAAAGUAAUUGAGGAAGACCUGGGAAAGUAUAUUAAAAACCUUUUGGAGGUAAGAGUGCCAGGCAUCAUUCUUCGAUGUUUAGAGCAUCUGGAGUUAAAGGAUACAGGAAGGCCUGUGGCCUUUCUUGCUAAAAUGAUUGGUCACCAAUCAUUGGCACUUCAACUUGUGCGUAAAGAAGGCUUGUUGGAGCCUACUAGAAUGAGAAGAUUACUCGAUUGUUCAAGCCCAAGAGAGGUGGUGCUGGAUGUUCUGAUGAUUGUUUCUGAUUUAGCUCGCAAGGAUGAGGGAUUCUACGGAUGUAUUAAUGGAGCUUCUGUACUGGAGUUCUUCAAGGAAUUUCUUACCCAUGAAGAUCCCAAUGUGCGGUCAAAGGCUUGCAGUGCUCUGGGGAAUAUGUGCCGGCACAGCUCCUACUUUUAUAGUGCCCUAGCAAGGCAUCAAAUUAUUGGCCUCCUUCUUGAUCGAUGCUCUGAUCCAGACAAACGGACACGAAAAUUUGCUUGCUUUGCUAUUGGGAAUGCUGCCUACCAUAGUGACAUGUUAUAUGAUGAGCUACGAAGAUCUAUACCCCAUCUUGCCAAAUUUCUGGUUUCAACUGAAGAAGACAAGACUAAAGCAAAUGCUGCAGCUGCACUAAGCAAUCUUGUCCGCAACUCCGACAAACUUUGUGAAGAUAUUGUAUCAAAAGGAGCCAUGCAGUCUUUACUGAAGUUGGUGGCGGACUGUUCAGUGGUAGCACUGAACCCAGGUAGGAAAGAUUCGGUAAAUGAGUCACCUUUAAAAAUAGCUCUCCUUUCAUUGGCAAAGAUGUGUUCGCAUCCGCCCUGCAGACAAUUCCUCCGUUCAUCAGAGUUGUUCUCAGUGAUUGGACGGCUUCAGCAAUCUCCAGAAUCAAGAAUUGCCAAUUACGCCACUGACAUUAUCUCCAAAAUUGCUGAUUCCUGAUCCUGAACCACCAAAGCAAAGUUAUUAGUUACCUUCAAAGAUACAACUCCCAUAAGCUUCGUUACCACUAAUCAGCUGUGGCCAUCGCAGGCAAGAAGGUUUGCAGAUUAUGGGUUAUGAUGCUAAAUUACCAGCACCUGUCGUCAUCAUUAUCAUUCAAGAAUAUUGAAGUGGAUUCUGUUUAAAUGUCUACGGCACUGUUCAUAUUGAACCCCUUGACUUGAGGGUUAGGAGCUGGAACAAACAUUAAAAUAUAGGAAAAUGCUUUUGAUUGAGAGAGAAACUCAUGCAACGACGUUAUAAGUUUUUUUCGUUAUUUCUGAGAGCCACUGAGUGAGUCAGUAACUGAGCUUUGAUUCAAAUCCACUUGUCCACAACUCUUUCAAGUGGUCCCUAGUCUUUCAACUUCUCCUCUCUUAUGUGAUCUCUUCGAAUUUUCUCCUCCCUGCUCUCAUCUUGUUCAUAGUUUAUGGGUUUUAUUGCUCAUUCAUACCACUCUUUCGGA